GAAUCACUGAAUGAAAGUUUGAGGUUUGGGCUGGAACUUGUGGAAGAUGGCAAAUACGGGCUGGUGUCGAACUCUGGGGUGUGAGCUGCAUCUGAGCGUUGCUCGAGAUGACUAGAGUCUAGAGACCUACAAUCCGUAUCACUAUGUCGUCGUCCACAUCCAGCGCCUUGGAGACCAGCUUCUCCUACCAAGCCAUCGACCCGGAGAGUGCUGCAGAUAACGUGACGCUAGUUUCUCGCAAUGGCAGCGACUCAGAACUCGAUUCUAACGAACGGGCGAGCGACGGUCGCGGGAGCAAUAGUUCCAAUCCUCUACAGAAUAGCCGCGUUGCACAGAUCGUUGGCCGAGUACAACGAGUCACCAUUGGAGGAUGGCCAUUGAAAGCAGUCGUCAAGCCGGCCAUCACCGUGCUCGUUCCAUUGAUUCUUUUACCGCUUGCCCUGGGUACAAAGGCAGCCAGCACUGGAUACACCAUCGCCAUUGUGACCAUAUUCUGGGUGGCUGACGUAGCGCCCAUUGCGGCGGUGUCCUUGAUUCCUUUCCUUCUUCUGCCAAUGUUCGGUGUCCUGACGGCGAGGGAGGCAGCGCAAGCCUACUACACGGAUCUCGUGUUCCUCUUCUACGGUGGCAUAUUCAUGGCCAUUGCCAUCGAGUCCUGGGAUCUGCAUGAACGGAUUGCACUGCGUAUACUGUUGCUGGUCGGCAGUACUACUACAACGUUGUUCUUAGGCUUUAUGAUGAUCACCGCACUGUUGUCAAUGUGGAUCAGCAACGCAGCCAGUACUGCCAUGAUGCUGCCCAUAGGACAGGCUGUAUUGGAUGAGCUCAGCGCUGGGUCAGAGAGCAAGCAGGCUGUGAGGAGAGAUAGCUCUGAGCAUGAAAUGAUAGCCAGUGGUAACGAGGAAGCUUCCACCACUUUGGAUAGACCUGACCCAUCGCAUUGUGCUAACGAGGUCACCACAUCUUCAGCAGCCGCUGCCACUAUUGACGCGGUCAGAACGAGGAAGCUGUCUCCGAAAGAGAUCAAAUUACGAAAAGGCAUGUCCCUGGCGGUUGCCUACGGGGCUAACUGUGGCGGCAUUGCAACUCUCACCGGCACGCCCACAAACUUGGUACUCGUAUCCCUGCUGCAAAGCCUGUUUCCAGACUAUGACAACAGCAUCAGCUUCGGCCACUGGAUGGCGGUGGGAUUCCCGACGACGUGCCUGCUGCUUGUUCUCACUUGGCUGUGGCUGACACUGGUGUUUGACUUUCGUGGGAGUGCUCCAGUUCGCCUCUGGCAAUGGAUUCGUCGUAGCCGCAAUGCAUCAUACGACCUGGAUCGGGCGGAAGGCAGCAAGCGGGUGAAGGCAUUCAUUCGACAGCGCUAUGAUGCAAUGGGCCCACUGAAAUUUGCUGAGAAGGUCAUCCUCGUCGUGUUUGCGGCUUUUGCAGUUCUUCUAUUUUUCCGCCGGCCUGGAUUCAUGCCCGGCUGGGAGGAGUUCUUCCCAAAGUACGGCGAGAACAAGAGCUAUGUAUCGGACGGUACGAGUGCCAUUCUUGUGACCUUGCCUCUCUUCUUCAUUCCAUCCAGCUGGCCAUUCCCAAAGUCUAAAUUUGAUUCUCAGAGUGCAGACCAUCGGCGUAUUCUUGAGUGGGACGUUGUUCACAAGAAAAUGCCCUGGGCAGUCGUGCUUCUGGUCGGGGCAGGUCUGUGCCUGGCGAAAGGUGCUGUGGAAUCGGGACUGUCCUGCUGGUUUGGGGAGAACCUGAGCUCCCUGGGCGACCUGGAUGUCAAGCUGGUCGUGUUCAUCCUGGUCAUCUUCAUCACCUUCUUCACCGAAAUUGCCUCAAACACGGCCACGGCCACUAUCUUCUUGCCCAUCUUUGCCCAGCUGGCCGUGAGCACGCUCAAUGUCAACCCCCUGCAGCUGAUGGUGCCCGGCACGGUGGCAUGCUCUCUGGCAUUUAUGCUGCCCGCAGCCACCCCUGCCAACGCCAUCGCCUUCUCGUACGGUCACCUGAAAGUCAUUGACAUGGCGCGGAUUGGCUUUGUCCUGAACAUCAUCGGCGUCCUGUGCGUCAUGUUCCUGACCAGUACCCUCUACACAGCCGUAUUUGACUUCAACACCAUACCCAGCUGGGCAAGUCAACUGUCUGGAGCAUCUGCAUGCACCCUGGCCAACACCACCGGUACACAGAAUCGAACGCUUAACACAACACACGUGCAGUAGCCUGCACUGCACUGGUAGUCAUGCAGUCUGGUCUGAAUGCGCCUGGGUGCUGGAAGAUUGCUGCGGUCGUUGUAGCCACACAGCAUGUGCCUCUCUUAGCCGCUGCUACUGUUAAAACUAGCAGUGCUGCCGCGUACAUUAGCGGCGCAUGAUAGCAGCGAUUACGAUUGUGUCUCGUGGUGAUGAUGUCACUUACAUGUAUAUGAUGUGAUCUGAGAUCUGGGAUAUUUUUCUCCAUCAUGUACUGCAUUGGAACGUGGUCAUUUUUAUUAGGGUGUGAUGCGGACAUCGAACUGUUUGGGCUCGAGGCCGACGCACAGACAAGCGGCUUUCACUGCUGUGGAGUCUCACGUUCCGGAUGACACAACUGGAGUCGCUGAUUUUUGGUGUCUCGCGUGCUGCCUGAGGCUUCUGGUCUUGUGCUGGACAGUUGCGUGUGCACUGCGUCACUGUGCUCAGUCACAAUGACGUCACUGAGUCAGUCACAAUGACGUCACUGAGUCAGUCACAAUGACGUCACUGAGUCAAUCACAAUGACAUCACUGAGUAUACUGCACUACCAAUAAUACGCUCCAGCUCAUUGACAUCGCUACCUACUGCUACUAAUCCGUUGUUUGAGCAGCAGCAUCCAUAGUGCCUUGUUUGAGCAGCAGCAUCCAUGGUGCAUUGUUUGAGCAGCAGCAUCCAUAGUUCUUUGUUUGAGCAGCAGCAUCCAUAGUGCAUUGUUCGAGCAGCAGCAACAGCAUGGUAUGUCCACAUAAGAGCUAACUCACAACAAACACACAACCAUAGUAACCUGGACAAGGCCAUUAGUGUUCACCUCAGAACCUCAGUUUCCAAUGCAUCUCUCUAUCCCGGAAGUUAUUGCUACAGUCUUUGCAGUUCUCUAGUCUGCACAGUGACCUGUCCAUGAAGAACGAAACAGUACUGUCUGCCGAUUAGCGUGGACAUAUUGUUUUAGUAUAUUUA